AUGGUGUCGUUGGACGAUUUACUGGGACUGGUGUAUGUCACGUCGUGGUCUGUUUCGAUGUACCCCCCGAUAAUCACCAAUUGGCGUCACAUGUCAGCGAGCGCAAUAUCGAUGGAUUUUGUCAUGUUGAAUACUGCCGGCUAUUCCUAUUUGGUGAUAUCCAUCUUUUUGCAACUAUACUGCUGGCAGUUGAAGGACGGGGAAUCCGACUUGGGCAGGCCCAAGCUGACGCGGUUCGAUUUCUGGUACUGCCUGCACGGAUGCAUAAUGAACGUUGUCCUGUUGACCCAGGUAGUGGCAGGAGCACGGAUCUGGGGGUUCCCCGUUAAGGGUCACCGCAAGAUGAACCUGUGGUACUUAAGAAUUUUGCUUACGUCGCUGACCAUUUUUGCGAUGCUGACCGUGCAAUUCGUGUAUGCGAAUUGCACGUACGGCUGGCACAAUUCAACAACGUUGGCGUACUGCAACAAUCUGUUUCUGCUCAAGAUAUCGAUGUCACUGAUCAAGUACAUCCCGCAGGUCACGCACAACUGGGCAAGAAGGUCCAUGGACUGUUUCCCGAUCCAGGGCGUGUUCCUCGAUAUCACAGGUGGUUUCGCGUCGCUGCUCCAGUUGAUUUGGCAGUUGUCGAGCGACAGAGGCUUCAGCCUGGACAUGUUCGUGACGAAUUUUGGGAAGAUAGGACUCUCGACGGUGACGUUGGUAUUCAACUUCAUUUUCAUCAUGCAAUGGCUUGUGUACCGGGGGCAAGACCCUGAUAUGGUCCCAGCGUACCCACUGUAG